CCCCCAAUUUCCUGGGCGAUUCGCUAGGAUAGAAGAAUCAUUGUAACGCAUUUUUGUUGGUAAUAGUUACAUACACGAUUAUUAUUGUGUAUAUAUAAGCGACUUGUGCGUAUUGACUGAGAGAUGCAUUUUUCGAGGAUCUCCUGAAGGCCACAGUGAUUGGUACCUCACACACCUGCGCAGACGAACCUGUCGGAAACCGGAGGGAGAUGGAGAAGUUUGGAAAUGUGCAGGAGACGUGGUUCUAAUUUCAGGUGCAAUGUUUGGACCUUCCCGCUGCCAGCCAGUUUCUAAUUCAUCCCUUGCAGGUUUUCAGCUUGAAUGAAUGAGAUGGCUGAAGAGUGUGAAAAACACAGGAGAUCUCCACCGGCCUCCAGCUCCCUGAUGUCGCCUCGCUGCUGCAAAUCCACCCAAACACGGCUGCCAGUGGAAUCUCCCAUGCAGCCUCGCCGGAUGAACAAUUGUCCGAUGGAGCAGGACGAGGACUCUGGGGACCAUCAAGUUGUGACGCAGUCGAGUGCGCUUCCUUCAUCUUCUUUCUAUGAAGAACUAUUUUGUACCAGGCAGACUCCCGUCCCUCUGGCCCCUCUGGCCAGCGCCCUCAUGCCCUCCUCCUGGCCACAGAGCGAUGUGGUGAGACAAGGUUACCUGGGGAAGCUGGAGCGGAACCACAGAAGGUAUUUUGUCCUGAGGGCAGUAAGUCACACGGGGCCGAGCCGACUCGAGUGGUACAAGAGCCUGGAGAAGUUCACAGCAACGAAGAGGUCUGCUGGUAAAGCUGCGCUCUUUGGGUCGAGCAAGCAAGGGGUGAUUUACCUGAGGUGCUGUCUAGGUGUGAGUCGUACUGGCAGUUCCAGGAGAGGCCACACGGUGGCGCUGUACGUGAAGGACCAGACCAUCGUGAUGGUAGUGGAGGACCAGCAGGAGCAAGAAGAGUGGUACACUGCCAUUAAGAAACUGAUGGAGGAGGAGCGCAGGGACGAAGAGCACGGAGAAGGCUUUGAUGAAGACGAUGAUGGGUACUGCACUCUGCCUCCUGCUGCUUUCUUCAAAGAGGUCUGGCCCGUCUCUGUGAAGCCCACUGGUCUCGGUCGGUCCAAGUCCCUCACAGGAGAGUCCCGCCUCUGCCUCACAGCUGCCUCACUCGUCUUGGUCAGAGUUGGCUCAUGCACUUAUUUGCCGUCAGUUACAAUACCUUUGCUGAGCGUUCGGCGCUUUGGCCACUUGGACGGCAUGUUCUUCUUGGAGCUCGGCAGGUCCGCACCUGAUGGUCCUGGAGAAAUCUGGAUGGAAGCAAGAGACCAAGGAAACUCAGGGAUUGCCCAGAACAUUCAUGAGGUGGUUCGGGAGACGGUGCGGUCUCUGCGAGCUCUUCCAGACUUCAGCCAGUCGCCAACCUCCAAUCCUUAUCAGCCUCAAGCGUCUCUGGUGUCGAAACGCUGCCGACCCAAAUACAGAGACAAGCUGCUCAAUGUGAGGCUGCCCCCCAGAAACAAUGACAUCCAGACUAGUCCAACCCGUUCCCACCCAGAGCCCUGCAGACCAGACAACACCAAGCCUGAAUCCCCUCUAAGCUUCUCCUCACAUCUCAGCCCUGCCAGAUCCCAGCAGAGCUCCAGGCCUGAGACUGACAGCUACAUGGAAAUGAAGACGAAGCACUGCAGUGUGGCAGCCUGCAGGAUGGUGGGCUGGGAGACGGGAGAACAGGAAGAGGAGGAGGAGGAGGAGGAGGAGGAGGAAGGGCUGGGGUACAUGAUGAUGUCCCCACAGGGCAGCCACAGCUCGUCCGUGUUGCCUCAGGGUGACUAUGUGACCAUGGCAACCCAACAGAAACACCAUUGGCCCCUCUCCUCCUCCCCCUCCUCUGGCCUACAUUCAUCUUUCAACAGCUCCACCUCUGACAGCUACUCUCCUGUGCACCCAUCCCAUUAUCAGAUCAGUGAGCACAGUCCGCCUCACUGGCAGUUGACCUCAGUCCAUCAGUCAGAAAUGGAAGCCAGCCAAUCACUGACGAGCAUCAGCCCCUCCACCGGACCGCAACAGCACAGACGACAGCCGGCAGAGACCGGGGCAGCUUCUUCUCCUGUGCGGAGCGUUGGUGGGUCUUACCCGAUGACGAGGCCGGUCCAAGUCGAUCCAAACUGUGGUACAGGCCGGUCCACUCGACUCCAAGCUGAACCAGACCGAUCUGCUGUAAGAAGAUGCCGCCUGUCGUCCUGUCUUCUGUCUUGUCUGCAGACAGAUCCUGACUGAUUGUAGACAUUCAAUGUUUUGCAAUGAUCUCAGUAACCUGAACAGGAUCUACUUAUUAAUUCUGGUAUAGCAGGCGACGUUGUUGUUACAGGAAGCAGCAGAGAAAGUAGAGUGUAAAGAGCUGAUGAAGUAAUAAUUCAGUGUUUCAGUUUUGUACUUCAUCGCACUUGCAAGUGUGUUUUGAGAUAUAAAAUGUGCAUGGAAUCAUGAGGCUUUAAGCUCUGAAUACUGAAUGAUAUAUGCUUGAAAACAAUUGUUUUUGUUGAAAAUAUAAGUCUCUAAUUUGUCUGUAAAUACACUUGGUUUGUCUUUGCUUGAUCAUUUGACCUCAUGUCUUUUUUUCCUCCUUUGGUUGUUUUUGAAUAUUCUGUGGAA